GCGACGGGAAGGGGAAGCCGCGCGGGCCCGGAGCCGCGCCGCACCAGCCCGGCUGCCUCCACCGCUCAUCAAGCGCCGCGAUGGGGCUGGAGACCGAGAAGGCGGAUGUCCAGCUCUUCAUGGAUGACGACUCCUACAGCCGCCACAGUAGUGUCGAUUACGCAGACCCCGACAAGUUCGUGGACCCAGGCAGCGACCGAGAUCCCCACCGGCUCAACUCGCAUCUCAAGGUGGGAUUCGAGGAUGUGAUCGCAGAACCAGUGUCCACGCACUCCUUCGACAAAGUGUGGAUCUGCAGCCAUGCUCUCUUUGAAAUGAGCAAAUACGUGAUCUACAAGUUCCUGACGGUGUUCCUGGCUAUUCCCUUGGCUUUCGCUGCGGGAAUUCUCUUUGCCACCCUCAGCUGUCUGCAUAUCUGGAUUAUAAUGCCUUUUGUAAAGACCUGCCUGAUGGUCCUGCCUUCAGUGCAGACAAUAUGGAAGAGUGUGACCGAUGUUGUCAUUGCCCCAUUGUGUACGAGUGUAGGACGCAGCUUCUCUUCCGUGAGCCUGCAACUGAGCCACGACUGAAUACUUGGGCCCCAGGUCCAGAGACCUGGGUACUGUACUACUUGUUUUUAUAACAUGAAAGCACUACUGUUCUGUUAUUUCCCCAACUGUUCAGAUUAAGAAAGCUAUUAAGAUGGGCAACCACAUGUAGAAUGUUUAUUGGCAGGUCUUUUCAAAUAACGCUUUUCUAAUUAAAAGUCAAGGAUUUCAUAUCUAACUUUAUAGCCAGAAUUAUUCAGUAGGCAACAAUUAAUUUUAAAGGCAGACAGUUUUUUCUUUAGUACAAAGGUAUGCAUUUUAUAAUGAUGAAUCUGCAAUGAUCAAGAGAACUUUCUCUCAAACACUACAAUAGUUUUGUGUACAACUGCUCAUAAAAAUAAGGAAUUUCCUAUUUUUUCACUCUGGAAGUAAUACUUUUUAAAACCUUUGCAGAUAAAGUCAUAGGGAUGCUUAGAGAUAAGAUAAUACAAAGAUCCUAGAAAUUACAGUAACAAAAGUGACGAUAGGGGCUCUCAAAUAAAUGUGAAAAUAGAUUCAUGAAGACAUGUUCCUUUAAAUAGGGUAUUGUUAACUUACAGGUAUAUUUAAUAAGAUGUUUCAAUUUACUGUAUAUUUUGUAGUUAUUGUACAUGUUGCCCUAAUCAGAUUGCUUUAAAGCACUCUUUUUAUAUUUGCUAUCUUCUUGUACUAAUAUAUAGAAGGAGUAAAUGUAUCUUCCAUAAGGAACUUCAUUGGUGAGAUGGCACUGUCUAGAUUACAUAAGCAUAUGCAUCUUCUUUGGUAAUUGAAUGCAAAAGAGAGAUAUACAAGGCUUUUCUUUCUUACUUUUCCAAGCGAAAUCCUUAAAUGUUUCAUGACUAAUGUUUAUCUGGCUGUGAUCUUAAUACAAACCUAACUGAUAUUUCAUCUAAGAGAUUAUUUCUGUCUUGUAGUUAAAAAUUAAUCCUGUAUUCUGCAUUCUUAUUAAUGUUUCUCUUUACCUUCAAGUGAUAUUGGUGCUAUUAAAUAACACUGUAUAAUAAUGGCUAUUUCUGAUACUUAAGUACAAUUUCAGCUACAGUAAUUCAUGUAUUAACUUCAGCAAAGUUGUUAACUUAUUGGGUCCAUGCUACUGAGCUAUGUAUAUAUAAAUUAAAAAGUAAUAGCUACAAAGUUUCAAAAUAUUAUCUAAUAUGAGUCUUACUGCACAGUAUAAAAUUAUUAUUUUUGAACUGUAGAGUCCUAUUUCAGUGUUAUGAGUCACUGUUGUUUUAAAAAUCUCUAUUCUAAAAUGAUAGGCCUAUACAAAAGAUGUCUAUAAUGUGAGUGGUUAACUAUAAUUUACACAUCCUAAAAGUGUGUCAAUGCUCAAAUUUCAGAAUUACUAUCAGAACUUGGAUUAACAGUCCUUUGAAUAGUUUCAUAGAUGACAACUCCUCAUUCAAUGAAAAUUAAUUUUAUUUUCCCAAGUUUCUAAGACUGGUGAAUAUAAAGGAUGAUUGAACUGGAAUUCUACUGGGGAACCAAGCAAAUGAAUGAUUAAAUUAUGAAGCUUAUAUUCUUUUGAAGGUAACUACAAAAGAGAUUUUUUUCAAAACUGUCUUAGGUCAUUAUUAGAAAAGACUCAUGAUCAUUAAAGCAUUACUACUCAUUUGACAAUAUGGAUGUUACUAUGUUAGUCAAAAAGGUCAAUCAGUCUCAUGACUUUAUAGUUAUACCUUAUAUUUAAGAUGUUUUUAAAAAAUAUUUGGAUAUGUCAUUUGAGCAAAAGUAUUUGAUUAAUAAAAUAUCUAUUUAAAUAAAUAAUGGCUUCUAUCUUUUCAAAUAGCAAGUUUUUUCAAAUUGGCAAGUUUUAAAGCCAAAAUAUACAUACAUAGUCAUAUAAAAGUAACCUAUUAACUUGUAACAAGUAGACUAUAUGAUAUCCUUAUUUCUGAAUAGCAUUGAUCAUUUUCAAAAUUACUUUUUAUUGAGAUUUGUCAUUAACUAUUUUAUUUCAGAGACUGAAAUUUUGUACCAAGUGGAUCUAGGUUUCAUGUACAAAUAUGUUGGUUCUUUUAUUUGUGAGUGGGGAAGAGGUGGGUGAUGGUCGACUUUCCCAGUAUCUAUAAUAAACUUUUUAAAACUUAUAAAA